CCACCAAUCAGACGUCAGCAUUAUUAUUGUUGUUGUUGUUUUUAUUGUUGUUUGUAGGACCAGGAACCGGAAGUGGUCGUGAAACCGAUAAAGAAGAUUGACAUGAACAGCUACUGCACGAGGAAAACUAUAGCUAUGGGUCUGCUAGAUGUUGCUCUUCUCAUUGCCAACAUAGAAAAGGUAAAACAAACAACGAAGUCGGUGAUCAACACGGCUAAGCGGCAGCAGUUCUACUACUUCAUCCUCACGCUGCUCGUGCUCAUCGUGCUCGUCCAGAUCUCGCUCGCCUUCCUCCUGCUCUUCGUCGGCAAGAUGGACAUCAGCAACCGUCUGCGCCACCGCCGCCUCGACGUCUGGAACAACGUCGCCAUCACGCUCAUCGUGCUCACCGUCGUCAUGCAGAUCUUCGCGACGUCGUUCGCCGGCUCGACGAACGCCUGACGCCAGCGCGCCGACCCCCGACGCAACCCCACCCUCGUCGUCGCGACGGUGAGCCGCCACGCCGACGGUCGCUACGGCGACGGUCGCUAAGGCGACGGUCGCUAAGGCGACGGUCGCUAUAAUGACGGUCGCUAAGGUGAUGGUCGUUAUGGUGAUGAUCGCUUAGGUGACGGUCAUUACGGCGACGGUUGCUAUGGUGACAGUCGCUAAGGUGACGGUCGUUACGGCGACGGUUGCUAUGGCGACGGUCGUUAUGGUGACGGUUGCUAAGGCAAUGGUCGCUAAGGUGACGGUCGUUAUGGUGAUGGUUGCUAUGGUGACCGUUGCUAAGGCGACGGUCGUUAUGAUGAUGGUUGCUAAGGCGACGGUCGCUAUGGCGAUGGGCCUCCGUGAGGGCGCGCCACGCAACUUUCGUUGGCAGGGUGGGUAGAUGAAGAAUCUUUUCUCGUUUUCGCCGAAACUUCAUGAACUUUUUCUUUAGGAUUUCGCAAUAAGAAGCGACGAUUUUCUGUUUGCUUUUCGGGCCGAAAAAGUUUUUCGAAUUUCGUUUCCGCGACGACGCGGCAGCGGACGUCUGGCAUCAUGCGUCGUCACGAUUAAGGCUUCGCUGCUUCGCUCGCUCGCGCUCGGCGGUGAGAGGGGAGAGGGAUUCAGUUUGGGGGAUCGGGGAGCAUUUCUUUCGUCCUGUGUUACGUGUCUCGGUUAGGUUCCGACUUCCGAUCAUUCGCAUUUAUAUUUAUUGAAUUGGUUCUAUUCAUCCUCUUGGUUCGAACCGAAUUUGCAUUUAUUGACCAUUUACUAGGGUUGGAAUAUUUCCUGCGUUAUAUUUGCUGAAUAUUUGCUGACCAGCGUGGAGCUGUGACCACUGCUUGACCACUGCUUGACCAGUGCUAACACUGCUAACUGUUACCUGUGGUCAGUAGAGAAUGAUACCAUGUACCGGUACUGAUACUACAUUGUUGUUUACGACUCUGUUACUAGAGCUAAACGUAGCUAAUUAUGUGUUUUUCAUAUACAUCAUGCGUA